UUUUAAAAAUAAAGCAGAAGAUAUACUUCAGAACAUGAUAUUUCUUAAUCAAGUAUUGAAUGCAAUUAUUAAGAGACGUAGAAAAGAAAUUGAAGAUAUACCAUUGAAUGAACCUCUACCACAUGAUAUGUUGACAUCGAUGAUUAUCAAAAAUACAUUUCGUGAUGUUAAUUAUAUCGAAGCUGGUGAAAUCGCGAGAUCUAUGACUGAUACUGAAAUUCGAUUUAGUUUACUUGAAGGAAUUAUUGGUGCAGAUUAUAAAAAUGCGAAUAUGUUUUCAUUCAUUGUCUAUUAUAUUUUAAAAAACCCAGAUGUAAAAAAGAAAUUGAUAGAAGAAAUUGAUAGAAUAUUCCAAGAUGAUAAAACGCGAUCAAUUACUAAAGAUGAUUUUUAUAGUUUAAAUUAUUGUGAAGCAAUUGUAAAAGAAGUAGCUCGUGUUUUCCCAAUAAUACAUACAUUUGCAAGAUGUAUUGAUAAACCCGAUGAAAUAGCAGGAUAUCAAUGGCCAGCCGAUACAUUGUUCCGAAUCUAUAUUGAUGCUAUUCAUUAUAAUAAAGAUUAUUGGGAAGAACCUGAUAAAUUUAACCCUGAUAGAUGGAUGGAUGAAAAUUUUGAGCCAAAGAAGAAUUCUUUUAUCAUGUUUGGUGGAGGAUUAAGAUUAUGUCCAGGAAGAAAGUUGGCAAUGAUUGAAUUAAUUUGUUUGAUGGCUUUAUUAUUUAGGAAAUAUGAAAUUAAUUUAGUAAAUACGGAUUCUCCUAUGAAAACUACGAAUAUCGGUUUUAUAGUCGCUUGUGACGAAUUAUUAGUUGAAAUGAAACCAAGAAACUGAAUUUCUUAUAUUUAUAAGAUAUAUUGUAUCAUCUCUUUUAUUUAAAUAUUUUUUUUUAUUACUAUAUAAAUAAAUUGGCAACGUAUAUGUAAUAG